GAAUAAAUUGAAUAAGCAGCCGCGGACAGCCGACUGGAAAUGGCCCUCCUGUUCGGGGGUUGGGCGUAGGUCUGAUAAACUCACACCGUAAAACGACUAUUAUCAAGAAACAAUCAGAAGUCGCCAUGGAUUCUUUCGGGGUAAAAUUUUCCGGAGGUAAAAUACCCCUCCGUUCGGAUCUCCGGGUGAGGGGUACUUCGAGGAAUUCAUGCGGCACAAAAUCGAAAAACGGGGGGGAUAUUAGGGUAGGUACGUGGAACGUUCGAAGCUUAUAUAGAUCGGGCGCGUUUCAAAUGAUGAUACGGGAAGUAGGGAGAUACGGAACGGAGAUCGUCGCGUUACAAGAAACUAGGUGGGACGGGAAUGGGGCAGUAAAUUCGGGCGCGUAUACACUACACUAUGGGGGGUCGGAAACCCAUAGUUUUGGCGUCGGUUUUUUUAUUAACAACAAAAUCUCGUCCGCGAUCAGGAAUAUUAGGUUCGUCAACGAAAGGUUAGGGUUACUUGUCGUACAAGGUCGUUGGUAUAAAAUCGCGAUAAUAAACGCAUACGCGCCAACCGAAGAUAAGGAAGACGAAAUUAAAGACGGAUUUUACGACGAGCUCGAACACAUCAUAGAUCAGUUACCAAGCGAUUAUAUGAAAAUCGUGUUAGGGGACUUUAACGCGAAAAUUGGUAAAGAGGAAAUUUUUAAACCGACCAUCGGAUUGGAAAGCCUACACGAUGGCAGCAACGAAAAUGGUAAUAGGGUAAUUAAUUUCGCGACCGGUAGGAAUAUGAUUAUCAAAAGCACGUGCUUCAAACAUAAAAACAUACAUAAGCAAACGUGGAUUUCUUCGGACGGAAAUACGAUUAAUCAAAUCGAUCAUGUUCUCGUGGAUAGGAGACGACACACGAAUAUUCUUGAUGUUAGGUCGUACAGAGGGGCAGAUUGUGAUUCAGAUCAUUUUCUCGUCAUUGCAAAAAUUAGAGAGCGUCUUUCGACAAGGAAAAAUAAAGAACAGGCGGCCGGAAUUAAGCGCAUAAACGUACGUAAUCUCGCGGAAGAAGACAACGGCGUCAAAUACGCGGUCGAAGUAGUUAAUAGAUUCGAGGCAUUAGAAGAAGUCGACGAAACGGAAGAUAACGCGGUUAAUAAGCAAUGGGAAAACGUGCGGGAUGUUGUGAUUAAAUCGGCGGAAAGUACGAUCGGUUAUUGCAGAAGAAGUAAAAAUAAAUCGUGGUUUGAUUCGGAAUGCGAAAACAUGAUUAAAGAAAGAACUAAGGCGCGGUUAAGAUGGCUAUCGGAUAAAUCGGACACUAACAAAGAGGUAUAUAAUAAAAGUAGUAAAUCGGCCAGGGAUUUAGUUAGAAGUAAGAAGCGUCACUACUUAAAACGUAAGGUAGAGGAGAUCGAUGAAAACUGUUGAAAUAAAAACGUACGUGGGAUGUAUAUAGGAAUAAAUAACUGGAGAAAAGGGUUUCAGCCUAAAACGGAGAUGCUCAGAGACGAAAACGGGAAUUUAAUUACGGACACGGCAGGAAUUUUGGAUACGUGGAAAAAUUAUUUUG